AUGGAGUCUCAUAUGCUAGUGACGAGGAAGCCUGAUCCGACGCCGACAGCCUCUUCCACGUCCCCUUCCCCACAUCGGCCGGAGUUCCCAUUCGUCACCUUACUGGUCUCAGGUGGUCACAACAUGGCGGUGCUGACCAGAGGAAUGGGGGAUCAUAUCAUUCUGGGCUCAACCUUGGACGACUCUGUAGGAGAGUGUUUCGAUAAGGUUGCUCGGCUGUUGGACAUCCACGACGUCCCUGGUGGCCCCGUUCUCGAGAAGCUAGCGAGCGAGGGUAAUCCCAGGGCGUGCCUGCGAGAGCUGGCCAAGCCUCUAGCCAAGACCCGUGAUCUUGAGCUGAAGAAUGGUUGUGAUUUCUCUUUUGCUGGGCUGAAGACAUCGAUGCGACACCUCAUCGAGGGAGGCAAGUACAGCAAGCCUGACAUGGCGGCCUCUUUCCAGAAGCGCUGUGUAGACCAUCUUGUUGAACGGGCUGGCCGAGCCAUUGAUUGGGCCUUGGAAAUCGACGGCAGCAUCAAGGACCUGGUGGUCGCUGGUGGAGUUGCUGCAAACAAGAGCGUUCGGUCUAACAUGCAGGAGCUGGCCAAGGAGAAGGGUCUCAUGCUAUAUUGUCCUCCUACUAGGCUCUGUACUGAUAACGGCACUAUGGUGGCUUGGAACGCUAUAGAGCAUCUCAAGGAGGGUCUGUAUGAGCGCGCGCCCUGCACUGCCGAAUCGGCUGAGAAGUUCGUAGAAGUGCGGCCCCGAUGGCCUUUGGGACCGCGAGAUGAGAGGUGUAGGGGACGAGACAAUGCUGAGGGUGGUCGUAAGGCUAGGAAGAGACCUCAGCCUGAGGAGCCCUCGGAGGAGCAGCUGAGGGAGAUCAAACGUGUCGCAGCAGAAGUGAGAAUUUCCUGA